AGCGGCAGUCACACUAUAGUUGCUAAAUCUGCAAAGCCAACAUAAAAAUAAAGUAAAUUAAUAAAACCUUAUAAAACUAAACAAACACUUACUUAGCUCAAAAUGGAUGACAUACGCAGUAGCAUGGAUAACAUGAUGGCGCAAUUUAACGACAGCAUAACCCACUCGGCGCCAAAAAAACUGCUCUUUAACCGGCUUUCCGCCUCUUUCAGCGAUGACUUAGUUCCUUCACCAAAAAAGCGACGCUUGCAGCGGGAGUCGCCCGAAGGGAGUCUCAACACCAGUGCCGUCUCCUUUAAUGGCUCCUGCACGGAUCCCUUGGGCCAAUGGCAUAGCAGCAAGCUGCGCUCCGAUCUGAUCGAAGCCAAGGCCACAGUCAUUCAGCUGCGCAACGAAAUUGAGCAGAAGAACCGGGAACACCGUAAGGCCAUAAUGCUGGAGGAGAACAAGAGUGCAGCGCUAAAAGAGCAGUGCGAUACCACCUGCAAGAAGUACUUGGAGCUGGAGAAGGAGCUGGCUGCUCUUAAAAAGCGAGAGGUGGCCUUCAAGGAUGAGGCCAGUCGAGCCGCAGCCGAGAUAAGGCAGCUCAAGCAGAAGUACGACGAGGCCAUAUCAAAGCUACAAAGAGAAAAGUUCCAGCAGGAAGAGGAUGCUCGCGAUGUCCAGCUUUGUAUAAACAACGAACUAAGCGAGUAUCGCCGAAUAGCCCAGCGGACCGAUCUUGAGUUGCAGUCGGCUCGUAACGAACUAGAACGACUGCGCCGGCGUCAUGACGAGUUUAAAACCCGGGUAGCCGGAUUUGAGGAGUUGCGCGGUAACUACGAGAAGCAGACACAAAGCUUAAAGAUGGCCAAUGAUCGCAUUCAGGAGUUAGAGUUUGAGAUUCAAUCCUAUGCUGACUGGAAAGAGAUAACAAAGGCAUCACAGGAGCGUCUUGCCAGUGUUCCGGACCUGCUGACCGAAGUUGAGCGUUUGCGUAAUACUAACAGGCAUCUAAACACUUUGAUUGGUGAUAAACUUCUACUGGAAGAACAGGUACACGACUACAAGACGCGACUGGACCGCGAAGAGGGUGCUCGUGCGGAGGCUGCUUCACUCCAAGUAAAACUUGCUCAUGUGGAGCAAGAACUGAAGGAGUGGGUCAAAGUUGCCCAGGAUCACUGUCUAGCCAACACCUUGGUCAGUCCAAUCGCCCUGCGCUCGCGCAUCGAGCAACUUUUAAAGGAGGACAUCAUCCAUAUGGCAGAGAAGGUCUCUUCCACUUCGGACAGCAAACAUUUGCAGUCCUCAGUGCGUGACCUAGAGCAAAAGUGUGCUAUUUAUCUGAAAAACAUUGACGAUCUGAAAAACGUACUGACACGCCACAAGAACUUCAAGGAGCGCCUGCAGCGAAAGUUAAUCACCGUGUCCAAGGAGCGCGACUUCUAUAAGCAGCUGGUGGACAACUUCGACAAGGACAUGACCAUGAGCAGCACCAGUGUUGCUGACAUGACGCAGGACAUGCAGGUGCGAUACCGCGUAGAAGUGCUCGAGCGCACUGUCACUGGAUACAAAGAUAUGUGUGCCACGUUGGAGCGCGAGAUUCAGGCCAUGCGGCAGCAGGAGUUGCUAAACGAACCCGCCGGCGACGGCUACGAUAACGUUAAGAAAGAGUUGGAUACUCUGCGGCUGGAAAACGAGAAGCUUCGCCGACGCAAAGAGGAGCUCGAACUGGAGAUGAUGCAUCGUUGCCUGCGCGGCGACUUCAACAUGAAGGAAUACAAGGUUGUGCAUCUGAACGAAAACCCCGCUGCCGAAGCCUAUGAGUCCAGCCAGAACAUGGUGGAGAAAUUGCAGGCGGAGAUCGAACGGUUGAAGCGGCGCAAUAAGAAACUGGAGGACGACCAGGAGCAGCGGCUAAAUGAGACCACCAGUACGGGCGGCAUGACUCUGAACUUCAAGGAGUUUAAUCAACUGCGUGCGGAAUUGGAGUCAGCCAAUGGUAAGAUGCGCAAGAUGAAGGAUUGCUUUAAGGCGGCCAGAGAAGAGUUCCGCGAUGUUUGCUACAUGCUUUUGGGCUACAGAAUCGAUCGCAUUGGCGCCAACAGCAACUAUCGAAUUUCCAGCAUGUUUGCAGAAGGUCCGGAUGAGUAUCUGGACAUCAGUCUCAAUGAAUCGAAUUGCUUAGCUCUGUUGGAGUCGCCCUAUUCGAAUACAUUUAAUCCGCCAAUUGACCAGCAGCUGGCCGCCAGUAACUUCCCCACAUUCUUCUCCGCCCUUACCCUAGAGCUAUUCCAAAGGUCCACGGUCACCAUAACAUAGGAAAACGUUAUUUAAACGCUAGUCUAAGUUAGCUGAUUGCCAAGGCAGUCAUCUUUAUCCUUGUCAGCAUCAAAUAUACGAAAGUUUUACAAAUUAUAAAAUACUAUCUGCCACCAGACUGUAUUCGACUGCGAAAAUAAUUAUAUUUGUGUAAUGCAUUGCAAGCAUGAUUAUUAAAAACCCGAAUAUUAAAAGAUUAAA